AUUCCACCAGGGUUCUCAUCUAAAGCUUUGUCUUUUGAUUCACUCAAUUACGACUGCACGGAUCUUCGUCUAAGACAGGGCCUCACUUGCCUUUAAGCCAUCGGCUUGGACUGUACAUACCCCACAUCGAGAACCAGACGCCUGUGCAACCAUAAGAACUAAGUACCUACUCCACAACACAGCCGCCACAAUGGACUUCUCCAAGCUCCAGCGGGCAUUCAAAUCCGGCGAAAAUGGCACCCAGAUCCAAACCUCCAACCUCACCAACCUACCUUCCAAUAUACUUGAGGCCUUCAUCCCCGGAUACUCUCUUAUCUCAAAGGUAAUACUCGAUACGUUCGGCUUCGACGUCGGCAUUGUGGUCUCAGUCGGUCUGAUCGCCUUCGCGCUGCUCACUUCUAUUACGUUUCUCUGGAGCAAGGCGUCCCGCCUGUUUCAGAAAUAUUGCAUGUCCUCGGUCUUUGUGGACGACGGAGAUGAUCUGUUCGACGGGAUCAUCCAGUGGAUCGCAGAGCAGCGGAUGGCGAAGGUGUCGCGCUCUGUCAAAGCAGUCACUCGGCUGGGGACGAUCUAUGGUGACAACAAGGUGGAUGAGAGUGACGACGAGGAGGCGUUGGAUGCGAACGGUAUCUUCAAUUUCGGGAAAUGGGCGGCGAAGCUUCCUCCUAGGUACGAGCCGUACUUCGGCAGCCAUAGGUUCUGGCAUGCUGGUCGGCUGUACGUCUUUGACCGGUCGAAGCGGGAGAGGCAGCCGAGCAUCUGGUCAUCGAGCCGGGGGGACGAGGAACUCAUCGAGCUGAAGUGCAUUGGACGCUCUACGAAACCGAUUAAGGCGCUCUUGAGUUACAUUAAGACGUGGUCGCUGGAGAAAGAGAAGGCGAUGACUGUUAUCCGACGACCAGCUGGCAAGGACCGUGGACGUGGCGCUGGUUCCUGGGACCGAGUUUCCUCACGACCCUCUCGUCCGAUGGACACCGUGUCCCUUGAUCCUGACCAGAAGCGAAAAGUGGUCGAGGACAUCAACGAAUACCUCCAUCCCUCUAGCCCUCGCUGGUACGCUACUCGCGGUAUCCCCUAUCGCCGCGGCUACCUCUUCCAUGGCCCUCCAGGCACCGGCAAGACCUCUCUCUCCUUCGCCCUAGCAGGAAUUUUCGGCCUCGACAUCUUUUGCAUCUCCCUCCUCGAGCCUACUCUUACCGAGUCAGACCUGAACCGCCUCUUCAACAAUCUCCCCCGCCGCUGCAUCGUCCUCCUCGAAGACAUCGACACCGCGGGCCUGCUGCGAGAUGAGAAAUCAGAUAAGAAAGACGACGCAGCCGAUGGCGACGACCGCAAACGCGGGGGCUCGAAGACCAGCGGCCAAGACUUCAACAUGGCAGAGCUCACUAAGGCCAUCAAGACUGCUAAUCGCAAGGACAAGGGAGGCGAUGAUGCCAAGCAGGGCGUCUCGCUCUCCGGUCUACUCAACGCGAUCGACGGCGUGGCAACUCACGAGGGGAGGGUGCUAGUCAUGACAACUAAUCGCCCCGAGAAGCUGGAUAAUGCGCUCAUCCGGCCUGGACGGGUGGAUAUGCAGGUUGAGUUUACCCUCGCUACGCGCGACCAGAUCCGCGAUAUCUUCAUACGGAUGUACAGCAACGAAAACGAUAAGCCGGUCAAGAAGCAGAGUCGGUUUGGUAUUACCCUCGCUCCGACUUCGAACGGCACAUCUAAACCCUCCGCCAACGGCCUAGCCAAAACCCCCAACACCAACGGCACCACCACCCCCAAGCUCACCAACGGCUUCGCCAAUGGCGAUGCGAAGAAACCACUCACAAAUGGGUACACCCCCAGCCACUCAGCCAUGGACCAGCAUCUCGACGCAGACCUGCUACGCCGCCUGGCAGAUGACUUCGCGCGGGAGAUACCCGAGGGCACGUUCAGCCCGGCUGAGAUCCAAGGAUUCCUGCUCACGCGGAAGAAGGAGCCGCUGCGGGCGGCAGAAGAGGUGCAAGAGUGGCGGGACGCGGUGGUUGAGGCGAGGGAAAAGAAGGCGAAGGUCGUGAGUGUGCAGUAAAAGGGUG